UUUUUUCUCUGGUGUUGCUGAGAGGAGUCUCCUGUGGGCUCAUUCUAACUUUCUCAAGACUCCCAAGAUAACAGAGCUGGGUUGGGUCUCAAUGCCCUGUGAUGCCAGGGAGAAGGAUGGCACGCUGCCUGCUUAUUUGUGAUGUUUGUUUUGAGUUAGGAAAGAAGAGAGAGUGAACAUUCAGAGAAUGGCAGUGGAUUGAGGGAGCCGAGUGUGUUGUAGGUUGCCAGGUUGAGCUGGGGAGGAGCACUCGCGAUCAGUGUGAGCGGAGAGCGGGCAUUGAAUCUCAAGGAGUUUCAGUUUCGUUUGUUCCAUUUCUCGUUGCGUUUACGUUGGUGUCUUUGUUUUGGGUUGCCGACCCCAGGGGACUGACACACAAACAGCACAGCAGAUGGAUCUGCUGUAAGCGGGUGCGGCCUCGCUAGUGGGAAGUGAAGAUCCCAGUUCUGAGUCCACGUUGGUCCCAAGUCCUGUUCAACCCAGCAGUUUACAAUGAAUAGAACCAUUCAAGUAUCUGAUCUACCCACGGGUAUCUCAAAACAGACUCUUGAAGAUAAACUCAUGAUACAUUUUUUACGGUCCAAGAAUGGAGGAGGCGAGAUCAUUGAUAUCCUGUUCCCACCAGAAUCGGCAACGUCUGCGCUCAUUACCUUUGAAGAGGCAGAAGUGGCUCAACGGGUCCUCAAUGUGGGAAAUCAUGUUCUUGGAAUUGCUGGGAAGCAUUACAAAUUAAAAGUAGAAUCGGCUUGUUCUGAGAUCAAAGUUGAUCAGAUCAUCUGUCAUAUUUCUAUGACAAUAGAUUAUGGAAAACUUCUCAGUGGAAAAAGAUUAAUGAAAUAUUUGCAGAAGAAACAUAGUAACGUCCAGUUUAGUUUUGAUCAGAAGGCAGAUAAGUGCAAUGUUGCUGGAAAUUUUUCUCAAAUACAGGAACUAAGUGGAGAAAUUCAUCAUUUGCUCAGUUUAAAACCCAACCAAACCAACAGUGGCUUUCAUGAAGCUGAGCAACUUCAAUAUGAUCACUCAGAAAACAGUGCCAUGGGUCAUUCAAACAGUAUCAGAAAACUUGCGAGGAAAUUAAGUAUAGACUCCAGUGUCCAGGAGGCGUUUCUAGAAUUACAAUCUAAAAAUGGGGCGCAAGGCUCUGACAAUGACAAUGUUAAAAGAGAUGCCAACUUUCAACAAGGCAGAGAGCAACAUACAGGGAAUAUUGAAGAUUACAUUUUAAUGAUGGAUUCUGAUAUUUACAAAUAUAUUCAGAAAUUUUAUAAAGACAGCUAUGAAAAUAUUCUUUGUCAGUACCAUGUAAAGGUGUUGGAUGUUACCAGUGAAGACAUCACCACCUUGAUUUUGCAAGAGACUUCUGACUGUGCAGACAGCAAGCUAUCAGUGUUGCAAGCACAUCAAGACCUUUCUAAACUCUAUCAGAGCUUUGAGUUUAGGCUUCGUAAGGAACAGAUUUACAAAAAUGAUAUAACUUCAAAUGUGUCUCUCCUUCAGACCAUCUGUGCAAGCCUCCAGGUACAAUUCCCUAAAAUGCAUUUAAGUGAAAAUGAAAACUAUUUGUACCUAAUAGGCACAUCAGAUGAUUGCUCCCUGGCUAAGAAGUACUUACAAGACUGCAAGGAAGAAUUUUCAGCAAAAUCUCAAAACAGUAAGCAUCCAGCUUCGAGGAGAGAUUCAGAAAGUGAUCAGGCUAGUGUCAGCACUAUACCACCGUCUCUGCAGGAAUUCGAUGGUAAUGAUGUGUUUGUGCAAGUGGGAAUCCGAAAGGCAGACGUCAGAAAAGAUCAUAAAUUGGCUCCAACCUUCAGUGGUAUAACGGAAAACACUGGUCCUUUGAAGACAGGGAGCAGACUAGCUGACGAUGACCUCACUUUAGAACCUGAGCAGACAUGUUCAGCUGAUAACUUACUGACAAGCCACAGUAUUGAGAUUAGUCAACAUGAUAACAAGCAUCACUCGACUUCAGAAACUUGGCAAAAACUGAAGCGCCGCAUUAGUGACAAUCAGAUGUUUACUUCUGCUGACCAAACAUUAACAAGUCCAACAGGGGAGUUUAUUGAACAUAAAAGAACAGGGGAAGAUUCUGUUACUAAGAUGGUCAAAGACUUAUCAGUAUUAAGUGUUCAGUCCAAGGAUCUUAAGAGUCCUGACAAAGCCAGUGAUAACUAUCUGUCCAAGGGACUUGAAAGCUCUUCCAUCGUUGGUACAAAUAAAGGGGACAAGUUUUUCCAGUACUCCAAGAGUAACAAAACCUGUGGUCCUAUCAAGCCAUAUCAUUUUGAAACAUCAGCUGGCACCCUCUUCCAUCAGGGAGACCUGCUAGGCAACAUGCAGACACUCCACUCUUUGACUUCCAAAGGUUCAGAUGUUCAUUCAUCCAAACCAUUACUGAGAAGGACCAGUAGCUCUUCAGAAUUAGUAAAAUUUAGGCAUUCCAGAGACAUGAGCAACAAUUUCCAGGGCAUAGUCAAAAGCAAACCUGUCGAACAAGAACAUAUCACUGAAGAGAUCCCAAUGGAGUCAGGUGUGUGGUCUUACCUGAAAGACAUUCAUGCUUCUUUCAUUAGAAGUAUCAACAGUAAAACUGACGUUGUGAUAAAUGAGCAGACCCAGGGAGAUAUAACAAUGGUGCACAUUACUGGAGUUAAAAAAGCGAAUAUCAUUGCUGUCAAGCAGGAAAUUUUGUCACUUUACACAUUGGUGAUGAAGAAUUUGGUUCAACAGUUUAUUUCAUAUGCAGAUCUUGGAAUUGAGCAGAGCAAUCAGAAAGCCGUAGAUCAGUGGUAUAGCAGUCUGAAAAAUAACUUUGCAAAAGUAAAAUUCAUUAGAGGACAGACAGGUUUCAAAAUUAUUGCCCCGUAUGAACAAUGCAUGAAAGUUAUAGAAACUUUCAAACUCAAGUUAAAAGAUCCAUUCUCCUCGACAGAUGUCUCCUUUGCAGCUUCUAAUCCAUACUCGUUCAUUGAUACAGAGACAUUCAAAGACACAGAGGGAAAGGUUCCCAGCAAAUUUACAGAACAUGCUUUAUCAUUGGGUCAGAGUUAUCAUGGUCGUAGGACUCCAGUGCACCACAUGGAUGAGACCAGCUUGAAAAAAGGUGAGAAACCAAAGGAAGAGUAUUCUUCGUUGGAGUCAGAUCGAGAACUUAUUGAAACUUUGGGUCACAGGAAGGUAGCAAGAAAUCCGAGAAAGAACUAUAAUUCCCAGCCAGAUGUGGAAGAGGAGGAGGAGAGUCUGAAGAAGCAUUCAAUUGAGCACAAUGGCACUGGGUCAAAUACAAGGCAGGAACACAAUCCAAUUCCAGAUCAGAAGAAAUCACCAAAGCCUUUUGAAGAAUACAGUAGUUUUUCAUUUCUUCAUGAUGUGGGGGAUUCUAAAAGUCAGAAGGUGAGCAAGCAGAUUGGAGAGGGAGAGGGAUUCAAGGCAAAGAAGAUGCUACCUGAUAAGUUCCAGAUUACAGCCAACAAGCUGGUGAAGGAAAGCCAUUGGCACAAUAGAGGAGAUGGCUUGCUUAGCAAUAGACUGGAGAGUGGCACACAGUCAUUACCAGUAUUUUCUUACAGUAGUACGUCAGUGCUGCAACAAAAUAGAGAUGGAUCAAAUACCUGUGAAGCGGCUACAGAUUCAGGAGUCCGAAUGCAAGAUGCAUCCACACAGCAGCAAGAUAACAACAGCAUGACAACAUCACAGGAAAGGAAAAUGUCGAGGAAUUCUCAGCAGAUUCAACUCAGAAGUCCAGCCAUUGGACUGGAUGCACAAGAACUAAACAAAUCAGCCACGUUGUGCAGUGCCUGUAAGAAAACUGGUUGCUGUCUAAGGCUGGCCUGUAAUCAUGGUUUGUGUAAGGAAUGUUACAGAAUCUCGGAAUCAUCUUGUCCAGUAUGUCACCAAACCGUACCUUCAAUUAAAAAUGAAAACCAGUGUCUGGGGACCAUGGAAUUGGCACAUCUGAACAUUUCUUUACCUGGAUUUAUUAGAGACCUGACCUUGAAAAUAACCUAUGACAUUCCGAGUGGUAUUCAAAGGGAAUGUGAUCCAAACCCAGGACAACCUUUUGAAGGUGGUUCCUUUCAGGCCUUUUUGCCAGAUAAUGCGAAAGGCAGAAAGGUCCUAAAGUUGUUAAAGGAAGCCUUUGCUAGAGGCCUGACCUUCAAAAUAGUAUCCGUUCCCUCAGGAUUGGCUCGGGUGACAUGGAAUGAUAUCCCUCACAAAACGAAGACAACUGGAGGAGUGUCUCAGCAAGGUUAUCCAGACUCUAAUUAUUUCAAGAAUAUUUUGGCAGCUUUGGAGAGCCAUGGUAUUCAAAUGAAGUCUGAAUUAUAAUGUUAGAUCAAUGGAAGCAACUUUAAAAUGUACAUUUUAUUAUAUGCUUAUUUCAAUUAUUUUUUAAAACCAAAAAAGGUCAAGAUAAAUAAGAUAUUAAAGAAAGCAAGUCUCAACUCAUGUGGAGGAAAUCUGCAACAAAAAAAAAUCUUUGCUUCACGCUGUUGUUUUUUGCCGAAAUUGUUAAGGAGUCUCAUUCCUUGGAUUCAAGAAUUAGCUCCAGUGUCAAUCCCAGUAAUUUCUAGUUUAGUUUACAUGUUUGCAAUGACAGAUUUUACUGCAAACUCUGGACUGUAAAUACUUUUCUUUUAAUAUUAGCAAUAUUCUAUCAUACUUGUAUGAACUUAUUAUGAAUCAAGAAUCUAAAUGACCAUGAAAUCAUUGUCAUUGUCAAUUGUUGGAAAAACUCAACUAGUUCACUGAUGUUCUUUAGGAUGGAAAUCUGCCCUCCUCACCAGGUCUGGCCCGCGGGCAACUCCAGACCAAUGGAAAUGUGGUCGAUUCUUAGCUGCCCCCUGGACAGUGAACGAUAGGCAUUAAGUGCUGGCCUUUAUUCAGUGAAAAAAAAAUUCAAUGCACAAAAGGUACAAUUUAGACAGUAAAUUUGGAUGCUACACCAAGAGAAACAUUUAAACAAGCAGUCAACCUGAUGAUACAGGUGACAUGGAAACCAGUGUUGUGACCAAAGAAUCAUUUUGGAACAAAUCAUUUAAAAUCAGAGUCUGCAAUCACCAAAGCAAUGGUGUUUGCCUGUCAAGAUUAGUAAGCUGUGUAUUAGGAGGAUUUCUUUUGAUCAUUCAUCUGAAGCAGUUUUCAACUUAAGAGGACCUUCAGCAGUGAUGUCUUAGUCCAGAACAAGAAACAAAGAUUAUAUUAAACCAGGAAUAAGUGAAGGAAACAUGUGUGUGUAAAAACUAAACAUAUACACUCCAAUGUGCAU